AUGCGUCUCAACCCGUGGACAACGGUCUGCCUGGCCACUGCGAUCGCAUCAUCGAUCCCCCUCGCUACGUCUCAUGAAAUGCACCUGCCCUAUCUGCCUUCUCUGGGCUGGGAGAGCGAUGUGAAUUCAUAUCUGUCCCUCAAAUGGGCGGUCAUUAACGGCUCGCUCUAUGCCAACGAGGACCGUGUCUUCCCGCCUUCAAUGUCGAUGCAGCUACAUGCGCCUCAGCGGGAAGGCCCGGCGAAGACCCUUAUUAUGGGCGAUGAAAUUGAGCUCUCUUAUGCCCUGGAAGCCCGACCUCUAUCAACCGAGGAAAACGGCUCAACCUCGACGAUCGUGAGGGUUCGCGUGGACUUGUACAACUCCAAAGGCGAAUCUGUCACUACCGACGCUGUAGUCGUCGAUCUUCUUUCUCGCCCCGAUGGCUCAAAUUACAUCACUCGGAUCCGUUUGGAGCCGACCAAGAAGCACAAUGGAGGUCGCUUCCAUCAUGACCGACCGUGGCACAUGAAUUUCUGGCCAACCAUCUUCAGCGGGAAGGACAAGCAAGGCUCGUCCCCAAAUGAAAAGCCGCAGCCAACCACCAGCAUUGCCAGCAACAUUGGCACACCGUCUCGUCCUCAGCCCACCAAUGCGGCAGCCAGCAGCGCUCCCGAAUCUCGGUAUGGAUUCAUCUUCUCUCCCUACUGGUCACCAACCACCUACACCAGUCGCCCUCACCACCACCCGCAUGGCGGCCGCCCAGACCGCAAAUUCAUGCACUUUAUGCGCCCCGUUAUCCUUCCUGCCGUUCUUGGUGCCAUCGCUGGCCUGAUUGCCUGUCUGGUUGGCUUCGUGCUGGGUCACCUUUUCAUGUCCCUUUCAGUGUAUCUCGGCCUUCGCAAGAAGCAAGGCUGCCAGACAAGGACAAGGUCCAUUGAAGAUGGAUUUGACUCGGAAAAGGCGGAACUUCUGCCUCACGUUCAUGUGACUGAGGUUGAUCCAAUGGACGCAUAG